GGCUGCGGGACCAGCGGCGGAGCUCCUCUGGGCGGACACUUCCACUGGAACCUCCGCCUCUCUCUCCGGGACACAUUUAUGCACUGGCUUUUAUCUCAGAGCUCCAGGACGGUGUGACUCACAGAGGACGCGCCGAGACGGCAUGAGGGGCCGGGUGUAGCCGAGAUGAGCGACGGUGCGGCGAGAAAAAGCGCUUGUUUGGGUCGCCUGAGAGAUAAAGUUGUUUUCGGACUUCCAGCUUCGCUCCCGACGCUUUGAUUCAAAAGCCAAAACCAAGAUGGCCGCCGACUCCGUGCAGGGGGAUGCCAGGGCCCAGCUGGUGUCUGAGCGGCUUGGACUGGGGCACAACCUGGACCUGUCUGACACCAUGGUCCAACAGAAGCUGGAUGAGAUUAAGGAGCAGAUUCGCCGUGAGAUUCGUAAGGAACUGAAGAUAAAGGAAGGGGCAGAGAACCUGCGCAAGGUCACCACAGACAAGAAGAGCCUGGCUUAUGUUGACAACAUGCUGAAAAAAUCAAACAAGAAGGUCGAGGAGCUUCACCAGGAGCUACAAGAGCUCAAUGCCCAUAUUGUGGUGAAAGAUCCUGAAGAAGUUUUGGAAUGCCCUUUGACCCCAGAUACACCAAACAGUGAAGCCAGAAUGUGCACCAGCAGCAGCCGACUGGCAGCCCUGAAACGGCAAAAUGACAUCGAGCUCAAGGUCAAACAGGGUGCAGAAAAUAUGAUACAGAUGUAUUCGAAUGGGCCGUCGAAGGAUCGUAAGUUGCUCGCGACGGCCCAGCAGAUGCUCCAGGACAGCAAAAUGAAGAUCGAGUUUAUCAGGAUGCAGAUCCUUAAGGCCAGCCAGGCUAAUGAGCUGAGCUUCGAUAGCAACGAUGUGAUGGACAAACCCAUCAUCAGCCCGUUGGACCUGCGGGUGGAGGAGCUGUGUCACCACGCCAGGAUAGAGUCUGCUGUGGCUGAAGGAGCCAAGAACGUUAUGAAACUGCUGGGCUCUGGAAAAGUCACAGAAAAGAGAGCACAUUCAGAGGCACAGGCUCGCUUUAAUGAGUCCAGUCAAAAACUUGAUCUCCUGCGACACUCACUCGAGGAACGGCUCAGUGAAUUGCCCAAAAACCACCCACGCAGCAGCAGCAUUAUGGAAGAGUUGUCUCUGCUGUCCUCGCCAGCCCUCAGUCCCAGAUCCAGUAUCAUCUCCACACAGAACCAGUACAGCACCGUGACCAAGCCCGCUGCACUCACAGGCACGUUAGAUGUCAGGCUCAUGGGCUGUCAGGAUCUUUUGGAAACUGUCCCCGGUCGCUCCAAAGCUGCAUCUGUUCCACUGCCAGGCUGGAGUCCCAGCGAGAACCGCGCGUCCUUCAUUAGCCGAGCAAACCGAAACCGCAGUGUGAGCUCACGUAACCUGACAAAGAGCGAGGACCUCUCCAAUGAGAUCAGUGCCGUGUUGAAGCUUGAUAACACAGUCGUUGGACAGACGAGCUGGAGGCCGGUUAGCAACCAGGCCUGGGACCAGAAGUUUACACUGGAGCUGGAUCGGUCUCGUGAGUUGGAGAUCUCUGUGUACUGGCGUGACUGGCGCUCACUGUGUGCUGUCAAGUUCCUGCGGCUAGAAGACUUCCUGGAUAACCAGCGUCACGGGAUGUGUCUGUACCUGGAGCCACAAGGGAUGCUGUUCGCUGAGGUAACAUUUUUUAACCCUGUCAUUGAGAGACGGACAAAACUGCAAAGACAAAAGAAGAUUUUCUCAAAGCAGCAAGGUAAAACCUUCCUGCGAGCACCUCAGAUGAACAUCAACAUCGCCACAUGGGGCCGUCUGGUGAGAAGAGCCAUACCAACGAUCAGCAACAAUUCCUUCAGCCCACAGGCGCCAGAAACUGGACCCAGCAGCCUGCCCGGGUCACCCACACCCAGCAGUGACCCACUUGUGACCAAGCUGGACUUUGACAAAGCACCAAUCCCAAGACCCAGGCACUACCCGGCACCUGACGACAUCCGAGAACCGCUGGUGCAGGAUAAGAUGCCCAACAAGGAGGAAGUGCAGGACGCUUUGGCCUCGUUUGACUUCCUGAACCAGAGAAACAGCAUUGUAGUCAAACUGGACCUCGACCGGGUUCAGGAGAAUGAGUUUCAGCCCCCAGACCUGGAGCUCACAGCCAUCCAAAAAGACGCAGUGAUCAGAGAAGAAGAAGAGUUCCACUUCAGUCUCCAGGACUUCAAAUGUGUGGCGGUUCUGGGGCGUGGCCACUUUGGGAAGGUGCUGCUGUCGGAGUAUAAAAGCACAGGAGAGAUGUUUGCUAUCAAAGCUCUGAAGAAGGGCGACAUUGUGGCUCGUGAUGAAGUGGACAGCCUGAUGUGUGAGAAGCGGAUUUUUGAAACAGUGAACAGCGUCCGUCACCCGUUCUUGGUCAACCUGUUUGCGUGUUUCCAGACGCAGGAGCACGUUUGCUUCGUCAUGGAGUACGCAGCGGGCGGUGACCUGAUGAUGCACAUCCACGCUGAUGUUUUCUCUGAGCCCAGAGCAGUGUUUUAUGCAGCAUGUGUGGUUUUAGGAUUACAGUUUCUGCACGACCAUAAGAUUGUCUACAGAGAUUUGAAGCUGGAUAAUCUGCUGCUGGACACUGAGGGCUAUGUGAAGAUCGCUGACUUUGGGCUGUGCAAAGAAGGAAUGGGCUUCCGGGACAGGACUAGUACAUUCUGCGGCACGCCUGAGUUUUUGGCUCCUGAGGUUCUGACUGAAACGUCGUACACGCGUGCCGUGGACUGGUGGGGUCUGGGGUGCUCAUCUUUUGAGAUGCUGGUUGGAGAGUCUCCUUUCCCCGGCGACGAUGAGGAGGAGGUGUUUGAUAGCAUCGUCAAUGACGAGGUCCGCUACCCACGAUUCCUGUCGACAGAAGCCAUCUCCAUCAUGAGGAGGCUUCUGAGGAGGAGCCCAGAGCGCCGUCUGGGGGCGGGAGAAAGGGAUGCAGAAGAGGUGAAGAAGCAUCUUUUCUUCAGGAACACGGAUUGGAACAAACUUUUGGCCAAGAAGGUGAAGCCGCCGUUUGUGCCGCCAUUCAGGGUUGCCAAUGAUGUCAGCACCUUUGAUGACGAAUUUACCUCACAGGCGCCCAUCCUGACCCCGCCCAGGGAACCCCGAAUGCUGAGCUCUGAGGAGCAGAAUAUGUUCUCUGACUUUGAUUACGUUGCUAGAUUGGUGUUAGCUCACGUGCACGCGUGCACACAGCAGUGACACUGGUUCCAACAAAACUUUCCUCUGAGGGUGAAUGUGGCGCCCCCUGCCUGUGCCAUUGAGAAGAAAGUACACAAUCCUCUGAUUUUUAUCAACAUGAAGAACUUUUUUUUUUUUAGAAAAUGAAACUUUUGUUGGAGGAAAGUGAGUGAAGGAGGAGGAUUCUUUGUCUGACCACUGAGAAUGUUUUUCUUAUGAACUCAAAGGUGAUGAGUCACAAUCAUGUCAGUGUCUUUAUUUUUUAAUCUGUACAGUUUCUUUGUUAGUUUUUCAGACUCCUCCUACAGCUUCAGGAUGCUGCUGGUCUAACAAGUGAAACAGGUUUUUCCGUUUCCUUCACAGUGUCUGAAAGUUUCAGUCAUUUUUCAGGUGGUUGAAGCGUGUUGGAAUACAGUGAAAGUCUCCACGACCACUACUGCGUCCUGACUUUGCCAUCCAAGCCUUCGCUUUUCCUCCUUAAAUCCAGCUCAACACUUUUGUUUGAACUCUCUGCUGUGGUCUCUACACCAACCGCUUCCUGCUCAUAAUAUUAAAAAAACAUCCAUCCAGUGUUGAGGAUAUUUUUUUUUACUCCAACUUAAAAGUAUUAUGGGAGGGUGCUGAAAUGAGAUUAAAAUGUCAGGUGAAGAGAAUGUCAAACAGCUCUCACACCCUCUAGUGGUUCUUCGGAUCCCCCCCCAAAAAAAAAAAAAAUCUGGACUUUCUCUGACAGAAUCAGUUGUGUAGUUCCUCAAAGUUCCACCUCCAUUUUUCACUCUUCAGUGAAAGAAACUCUCGGAGCUACACAACCAAAAGUUGACCAUCCUGUCACAAACUGCAGCUCGCGCUGAACGUGGAUGUAUGAACCCACAACUGGACGCAAAUGUGGACUCCAAACACCUGAGUUGCUAUGGGGGCAGGGCAUCAUACAGUCAAGCUGAAAGCACUAAUUUUAUCAGUUUUAUCCCUAAAAAUGGAUUGUAUUUUGUGAUAAUUAUGCUCUCUGAUUGGUUAAAUGGCUCCAUGUAAUGAGAACAGAUCUUUAUAGAUGGUACACAAAUACUGUCGCCUGUUGUUCACCUGUUGUACAAAACCAAAAACAAUUCAGUCUGUCUUGAUUAUCAUGAAUGCACAAUUAAACAUUUGUACUUAUGAUGCUUAA